UCUAGCAUCUACCCUGUGCCUGAUGUAGAGCGGCUGUCACUCAUUCUCUGGCCGCGCACGAUUAUGACGACACCAUGGAUGAGCCGGCCAAGAACUGGCAUGUCGGGCUGUGCGUGCUCUGCGGGCUCCCCGGGGCAGGGAAAUCCACGUUAGCCCGGAGGCUGAAGAACAGCAUCAACGCGUAUUCCGUGGUUGUGGUAACGUACGAUGACCUGAUCACUGAUGCCGCCGCUCAGUGGGAGACAGCCGGUGACUCUGGAGCUACUUCCUGCCCGUCUGAGGGCGGAAGCGAAAUGUCCCUCUGGAAGCAGCUUCGUCAGCACCUUCUCCAGUUCAUUGAGCAUCUUAUAGUGGCUCUGCUCAGCAGCUCAACUUUAAAAGCCCCAGGUGGUCUGACUGGAGGACAGUGGGACCGAUUUGUUCAAUGCCUGGAGGGGCAAGGCGUCAUCUCUGCUGCACGGUCAGAUUCCCACCACUUCUUGAUCUCCCCGAAGCUCAGUCAUAUCUACGUUAUACUUGAUGAUAAUUUCUACUACCAGAGCAUGCGGUAUGAGGUGUAUCAGCUGGCACGCAAAUAUUCCUUGGGAUUUUGCCAGUUAUAUCUGCACUGUGCCAUGGAGUGCUGCCUGCUGAGGAAUAGGAGCAGGCCCCAUCCUAUCAUGGACAAAACAAUAUUGCUUAUGGACACAAAAAUAGAGAAACCUAAUCCCGAGAAAAACACAUGGGAGAAAAACAGUUUGAUCCUUGACAGCUCCCAAGGCGUCGCAGUGGAUGAUACAAGAAUCACUGAUUUGCUGAAUCGAGCUUUGGAGAGCCCUGUGACACCACUGGAGGAUGACCAUGAGGAGAAGGAUAGAGAUCGUGAAAUCUGUGCAGCCAGUAUCGUCCAUCAGGCAGAUCAAAGUGUACGAAGGCUCAUUUCAGAGACCAUGCAGGCCAUGAAAGGCUCUGUUUCUGCACAGAAUAUUAAACAGUUGGCUAAGGAGCUCCAGCAUGCAAAGUCUAGAUCCCUGGAUCAUUUAAGGCAAAGUUUGACCGGGAAGACUAUCCAAUCUCUGAGGACAGAUGAUAUAUUUGAUGUACAGUCCUUUUUUAAGGCAGAAAAAGACCACAUAUUGGAGCGAUAUUUGCAUACGGACGAGGUGCAGUAUUGUCAAUCACAGGAGUAUUGUCUGACAAAUCCUGCUACCUCAUAGUAAAGAUUUAUACAGUC